AUGUCUGCUCAAGAUGGCAACGGCAACGAUGUCGCGGACCUCUCCGACCAUAUGAAGAUCGAUGACGACCGCCUCGGCCCCGACGGCGAGAUCAUCCCCAAGACCGACGAAGAAUAUGCGCAGACCCAGCUGACGUUGCGCGCGAUCGUUUCGUCAAAGGAAGCCGGUGUUAUCAUCGGCAAGGCCGGCAAGAAUGUCGCAGACCUUCGCGACGAGACCGGUGUCAAGGCCGGUGUCAGCAAAGUCGUUCAGGGUGUGCACGACCGCGUCCUGACCAUCACUGGCGGCUGCGAGGCCAUCGCAAAGGCCUACUCCAUUGUGGCAGCUGCCCUUCUCGAAGGUGUUCCGACCAUGGGCAUGGGUGGUGUCGUCCAAGGAAACGGUACUCAUCCCAUCAAACUACUUAUCUCUCACAAUCAGAUGGGCACCAUCAUCGGCCGUGGCGGCCUGAAGAUCAAGCACAUCCAGGAUGCUUCCGGCGUUCGCAUGGUUGCCCAAAAGGACAUGCUCCCCCAAUCGACGGAGCGCAUUGUCGAGAUUCAAGGCACCCCCGACGGUAUCCGCAGCGCCAUCUGGGAAAUCUGCAAGUGCCUCGUCGAUGAUUGGCAACGCGGUACGGGCACCGUUCUGUACAACCCUGCUGUUCGCACCCAAAGCGGCAGCGCCCCGACCGUUUCGUCUGCUCCGUCUUCGAGCUUCAACUCUGCGCCGCGCGGUGAUUACGGCAACUCGUCCCGUGUGACGCGCACAGGAAAUGGCGCUGAUUUCAGCAACGGUGGCGCUCCUCGUUCGAACAACCGCCGGUCUGACUCGGACGCUGCUGCCCGUGGCCCCCCCACGCAGGAUGAGCAUGGAGCUGAGCUCCAGACGCAGAACAUCAGCAUCCCCGCUGACAUGGUGGGCUGCAUUAUUGGACGUGCGGGUACUAAGAUCAGCGAGAUUCGCAAGACUUCUGGUGCACGGAUCUCCAUUGCAAAGGCACCUCACGAUGAGACUGGUGAGAGAAUGUUCACCAUCAUGGGAACCUCCAAGGCGAAUGAAACGGCACUUUUCCUCCUGUACGAAAACCUCGAGGCCGAGAAGAUGCGCAGAAGCCAGGCUGUGCAGUCUCCUGAGUAA